AUCCCUAAAAAAAUACUUCAAAAAUUCUUUUCCAUCAUCCCACGUCCCACCAAAGAUUACGCUUCGCCAAGAAACAGUCCGACUUCCAUCGAUCCAUUGACGACGGCGACGACGACGACGACGACGACGCCAUCCAUGGCGAUCAAGAUCUCGCUGCGCGUCGUGCUGCUUCUGGUGGCGUUCGUCGCGCUUGGAUCGGCCGAGAUCCGCUCGACAAAGCUGAGAUCCGACGCGCGGCCCAUCAUCCCCUUUGAUGAUUUCGGCUUCACGCACGCGGGCACCGUGGAGAUCUCCGUUUCCGAGCUCGCUUUCUCCGACCAGGCCCUCCCCCAUGCGUCUCUUUCCCAGCUUGGCUUCUUCCUCUCCACCCGUGACGCCUGGGUUCAUGUCAUCCAGCAGCUCCAGAAUGGGGACAUCUCGUGCGCUCUCCAGUCCCACCUCAUCAAGCCUGUUUUCUUGCUCACCUCCCUCCCCUCCCCCUCCGAUAAUUCCUUCUCCUCCUCCUUCAACCUCUCCGAGCCCGGUCAGUUCACUCUCCUCUUCGCCAAUUGCCUCCCCAAUCUCCGGGUCUCUAUGUCCGUCAAAUCAUCUAUGUUCAAUUUCGACCCCAAAUCCGGCCGCCGCGCCUACCUUUCUGUCGGACUUGCUUCUCUCCCUCGCAUUUACUUCCUCUUCUUCUUGGUCUACACCGGUCUCGCCGUACUCUGGGUCUUCUUCCUCCGUCGUAAUCGCUCAACCACUCUCAGAAUCCACCACUUCAUGCUCGCCCUUCUCGUCCUCAAAGCCAUCAACCUCCUUUGCGAGGCUGAGGACAAGUCCUAUAUCGAGCGCACUGGUAGCGCGCAUGGGUGGGACGUGCUUUUUUAUAUCUUUAGCUUUCUCAAGGGUAUCACGCUGUUCACUCUGCUUGUGCUGAUCGGCACCGGGUGGUCUUUUGUCAAGCCGUACUUGCAGGGGAAGGAGAAGAAGGUGCUGAUGGUGGUGAUUCCCCUUCAGAUUCUGGCAAAUGCCGCGCAGGUGGAGUUGGACGAGACCGGCAAAUUCUCCCCUGGCUGGGUUACUUGGCGUCAGGUUUUCUUGCUUGUCGAUGUUAUUUGCUGUUGUGCUGUUCUUUUCCCGAUUGUUUGGUCUAUUAAGAAUCUCCGGGAGGCGGCUAGGACUGAUGGGAAGGCUGCUGUCAAUUUGAUGAAGCUCAUGCUGUUCCGGCAGUACUAUGUGGUUGUCAUUUGCUACAUCUACUUCACUAGAGUGAUUGUCUAUGCGCUAAGUACCAUUACUUCCUAUAGAUACGCCUGGACUAGUGUUGUUGUUGCGGAAUUCGCAAAUCUGGCUUUCUAUGUGUACACUGGCUAUAAGUUUAGGCCCGAGGCUCACAACCCAUACUUUGUUGUUGAUGAUGAAGAGGAGGAGGCUGCUGCUGAGGCUCUGAAACUUGAUGAUGAAUUUGAGUUGUGAGAACCUGGCAUAUAUAGCAGAUGGGCUUGGAGGUGAUUGUUGUCUGAGAUUUGGAUUUCUAUCAGCUUGAAUGAUGGUCCGGUACAAUUCUCGACCUUUUGGAAGGUGUAGAUCAAAUAUGAUGUUUUCUUGUUUACAUAUUUUUUCAUUGUCGUAUUAUUUUUGUGCUUCAGUUGUUUCUGCACCGAGUUCAUAUUUAACGUUAUCCAAUUGCGUGUAUUUUCCUGUGUGAUGUCAUCAAAGAUUGAUUACUUUGUUGUUUGUCAUCUAACAUCUUAGCAGCAAUGGCUGAGUAAGUAACAUCCAUAUGCUUUUGUGUUC